GUGAGCAUGGAGAGCUGUGAGCCGUGUGUAGGCUUUGGUCUCAGUGAGCGCCCCCUCUCCAGCGUUGCUCAGAAGAUCCUGGCGGCCAUGCGUUCAGGUGGUUUAGUUGAUGGUGACGAAGGGGGAGACAGGACAAAUAGAGUGAACAGCGAGCCUGGUGCUGAGUGCUCAGGCCUCCAUGUAGGUGGGAAGAAAGAGUCGCCCGGGCAGAAGAAUCCCUGCUGUUUGGUAGGCCAGACUUCAGGCAGUCCCCAGGAGCCGUCUGCCCCGUCCUCCAGCAUCUGGCUGACAGAGCAGCUGUCCACGGAUCGGCCACAGAAGAGCGGCCACUCCCCGGCUCUCUCCAGGUGUCUGCUUAGACAGUGGAGUCCAGAGGCUUCCGCCCUGCAGGACACGGAGUGUGCACGAAGGCGUUUCCUAACAGGAAAUGGAAAUGAGAAUAAAAGGAAACACGGUGCAUGUAAUAAUUCCUCAGAGGGAGCACAGAAGCAGACGGUGCUGGACGGAGGUGUGGAUGAGUUUGAGACCCAGCCGGACGCAGGGGCCUCAGGAGCCCAUGAAGGAGGCCUUGGUGAUACUAGGUACUUGGAUGACUGGACCAGAAAACAGCUUCUCGGAAUGCUCCAACAGGCAGGAGCCGUGGUGGCCACUCUGCUAUACAGGGAUGGCUCAACACAGCUCAGGGCCGACCAGGCUCUCCUGUCCUCUGUCAAAGGAAUCGUGGUGUUCCUGAAGGGCCAGGAGCGAGGCAGCCACACCCGUCCAGCCGCCACAGCCUCGAGGGGCAUGCUGCAGCACGGCUGGUGCGUGUAUGUACACACAGCGCCUUCUCCCGCCGGGGGCCCGGAGCAGGAGGCGCAGCUGCAGUUUGCCAGGCACGUGCUGCUUCAAAUACUGAGGUGCAAGGUUCCUGUUGUUUGCUUCAAUGCUAAGGACUUUGUGAAAACGGUGCUGCAGGUUUUUGGUGAUGGCAUCAGUUGGAAGCAUGUUGCUGACUUUGUAGGCCUUGACCCCAGAAUUGCUGCAUGGCUUAUAGACCCCAGAGAUGCCACACUCUCCUUUGAAAAGUUAGCGGCAAAAUACCUUGAGAAAUCCGUCACAGUUCAUGUGGGCAGCACUUACAGGAACUCCUCGAGAAGCGUGGUGAAUCAGAAUGUAUGUGUGAAUCUGAGGCUACUCCACAGACUUACCAUGCAGCUUUGUUCCCAACUGAAGGCUUAUGGUCUAUGGCAACUGUUUUGGACUUUGGAGCUUCCUCUGAUACCAGUAUUGGCAGUGAUGGAAAGUCACAGCAUUCAGGUGGACAUAGACGAGAUGAAGAGGACAUCGACCCUGCUUGGGGCCCGUCUCAGGGAGCUGGAGCAAGAAGCCCAUUUUGUGGCGGGCGAAAGGUUUCUCAUAACGAGUAGCAGCCAGCUGCGAGAGAUUCUCUUCGGCAAGUUACAGCUGCACCUGCUGAGUCAAAGGGCUCUCCCUAGAACAGAGCUGCAGAGGCAGCCGUCCACAUCGGAAGCCGUGUUAAACGCUCUGAGAGACGUUCAUCCACUGCCCAAGAUCAUUUUGGACUAUAGACAGGUUCACAAGAUCAAGUCGACGUUUGUUGACGGAUUGCUAGCAUGUAUGAAACAGGGCUCCAUCUCCUGCACGUGGAAUCAGACUGGAACGGUGACAGGAAGGCUGUCUGCCCAGCAUCCUAAUAUCCAAGGUAUCUCCAAGCACCCAAUUCACAUUGCUAAACCUCAGAAUAUUAAAGGUGACGAAGAUGAGAUCCCCGCCAUCUCCCCGAGGGCCAUGUUGGUUUCUUCUGCGGGCCACAGCUUCCUGGCAGCAGACUUUUCACAGAUCGAGUUGCGCAUUCUUGCACAUUUGUCUGGGGAUGAGGAACUCCUGAAGUUAUUCCAGGAACCGGAGGGAGAUGACGUGUUUUCUACUCUGACCGCACAGUGGAAGGAUAUCCCUGUGGAACGCGUGACACACACGGACAGAGAGAAGACCAAAAAGGUGGUGUACUCAGUGGUCUACGGAGCAGGAAAAGAGCGGCUUGCUUCCUGCCUUGGCGUGCCCCCUCAGGAAGCUGCACAGUUUCUGGAGAUGUUUUUGCAGAAGUACAAAAAGAUCAAGGACUUUGCCCAAGCGACCAUUGCUCAGUGUCACCAAACAGGCUAUGUGACAUCCAUCAUGGGCAGAAGGCGGCCUCUGCCGAGGAUCCACGCACGGGACCAGCAGCUCCGGGCCCAGGCAGAGCGCCAGGCUGUGAACUUUGUGGUGCAAGGCUCGGCUGCAGACCUCUGUAAGAUGGCGAUGAUCCACAUCUUCACCGCAGUCGCCACGUCGCCCUCCUUGACAGCCAGGCUGCUGGCCCAGAUCCAUGAUGAGCUGCUGUUUGAGGUGCAGGACGCGCAAGUCCCUGAGUUUGCAGCUCUCGUCAGAGCAUCCAUGGAAUCCUUGCCACAGGCGCAGGCACUGCAACUCCGGCUGCAGGUGCCCUUAAGGGUGAACCUGAGGGUUGGCCGCUCAUGGGGACACCUGGCACCACUGCAGGAGGCCUGGACCCCAGGCUCAGCUCGUCACCCUGACUCUCAGCAACAGCACCUGCCCCCAGCAUAG